CGACUGAUAAUCAUUCCCUGUAACCAAAUGAACAUAUUUUUUCCUCUGUUAACCUUCUUAUUGAUGUUUGUUCAGAAGAAAUGUAAAUGGGAAACAUUCAUUUAACAAAGUCUUACCGAUACUCGUAGAUAUCAUUGACUGAGAACCACUUUACCAAGGGGGUAUAAAAGUGGAUCCACUUGUAACUUUUCGCAAACAUUAUUGUAGCUCAGGAAAUCAAGUUUGACAAUGUUUGAGUCUAAAAUAAUUCUCGUGGCGACGUUACUGUGUUUCCAGUUAAUGAAACAAAGUUCUUGCAAUGCGGUGACAGAGUCCUAUCACGUUUACACAAGUAUACAGUACAGGUUCGCCACCACGGAGAUCAGAUGCGUCAUUCGCAAUGCUGACUACAUCAAGAAAAAACUGCCAUUCCUUGUGGAGCUGCCCAAAGACGCUUUCAUUACUAAGUUUACCAUGACCACAGGGGGGAUCACUUACGUUGGAGAGAUCAAAGAGAGGACGGCAGGAUCGGAGGUCUACUUCGAAGACGGUGGUCUCAGCAACGUCAUAGCUUCCAGGGACGGUAACAAGUUUGGGGUGAAGCUGCCAGUGGCAGGGGGAGAGAAUGCGACUUAUGUUCUAGUCUAUCAGGAGCGGCUGUUUCGAAAGGAAGGGGUCUACGAGCACAAGCUGUACCUCCAACCAGGCCAUGUGGUCGCUGACGUCUACGUGGAGACCUACAUCUGGGAGAAUAAAGACGUCACUUUAAUUAACGUUCCGGCCUUGCGCCCCUUGAGCCGCAUCCACGCAGACUACGGCAAGGAGACCAACCCCUUGGCAAUAGUCAACAGGUUGUCCCCCAAUAAAGUUCAGGUCAUUUUUGCACCUACAGCAUCCCAGCAACCUUCUUCUGGUCUGUCUCACCUUUACCUGGUUCAGUACGACGUUUUCCAUCAUCCUGACGGAGACCUGGUCAUCAAAGAUGGAUUCUUCAUGCAUUUCUUUGCACCGGACAUGACCCCGAUGCCUAAGGAUAUCAUAUUUGUCAUAGACGUUUCCGGUUCCAUGGGCUGGGAUAAUAAGAUGGAACAGAUGCAAGCUGCCAUGAUUGAAAUUAUGAACCACAUUCCACCGAGAGACUAUUUUAACAUUGUUCCAUUUUCAAGUACUGCUUUUACGUGGAAAUCUGUUCUUGUUGCAGCUACUAAAAGCUACAUUAACGAAGCCAAAAAUUACAUCUGGAACUUAGACGCAGUAGGUGGGACAAAUAUAAGAGCGGGUAUAAUCACUGCCAGAAACUUGCUCUUCCAAAGAUCGUUUACCGAACGCGUUGCCAUGAUAUUCUUUCUGACAGACGGACAAGAUAGGAGCCCAGUUGAUGACUAUCCCUCUAUUCCUAUUUACGGCUUAGCGUUUGGCGAUGACGCUGAUCUAGAUUACAUCAAAGAACUUUGUGCCAAAAAUGGUGGAUUCUCCCAAAAGAUCUACACCAACAUUGAUGCCGCCAACCAAGUGACAAACUUUUAUGAUAAGAUUUCCUCGGUGACAAUGAAGAAAAUCACGUUUAAGUACGACCAUAGCAUAGUCGACGCAUCGUCCCUCACUCCGACAGAGUUCUCCCUGGUCGUCAACGGCUCUGAGGUCGUCGUCAUGGGAAAGCUAAAAAAAGACGUCAUCACUUUCAACGCUACGCUUGAAAUCGAAGCUGAAGCCGGAAAGUCCGUCAAGGUUCAAAAAGUAGAUGACGUCACUAAGCUAGCGGUGAGCCCAGACAAUAGCGCAGACUACAAAAAGAUGCAGUCUCUAAGCGGGAACAUGGAGAAAGCGUGGGCCUUUGCUACUAUUCAAAAUUUGCUACAGGAAGACCAGAAAAAAGCCACCGUCAAGGGCGAUACACAUGCGCUGGAGCAAGCAAUGUAUCUGUCCGUGAAAUUCGGCUUCGUCUCUCCCUUGACGUCUAUCGUCAUCAACGACCCGAACCAGAGGCAGAUUGUGGAGGCGGCGGUGAAGGACGAGGAUGCGAAGAUAGGCGAUCGGACGCACGCGUUCAUCACAGGCAGGCCGCCAACAACCACCGUGACAACAACUACAACAACCACGACAACUAGGAUGCCUUGGUGCCCGCCCAACACAACCCUCGAGGACGCCAUCAAAGGCGAGCUGCUUCGCUCCCUGACUAACGUCUCCAGGGUUUUCGAGACCUGCAUGGAUGUCAACCCAGGCGCAUCUGGCUAUUUGCGCAGGUCCAUGGUAGCAAGCACCAGGUUCGAAGGAGCCAUUAAAUGGAACAGAAACAAAAAUAAAAAUGUGACGCUUGUUAAUAUCCCACGUCCGGUAAGCAUUGAUCAUAUAAGUGUACAUUACAAGGGCAACGAAAAAUGCACAAGUCCAAUGCCGACCUUCGAAGGCAAAGCAUCCUACCUUCUUCUGUCUUGCCCCAAAGGGGCGGCUUUAUACGUGCAGACUGGCCCCACCUACGCGUUAAAAUCUGCCAGCGUCCAACGUCUCAUUCUCGUUUCUCAUCCUCACUUUGCAACGUUAUUUUUGGGAUCCAGUAGCUCAUGGCUGAUGUAUGGCGACCUGGAAUUUCGGAGCGAAGUGAAAAACAAAGAGGAAUUGACUCUGAGAGUUUCUUGCUUUAACCUGACCUUACAUCGGCAGCUGAGUUCUCUGGGUCUUGUUUACGAGAUGGACUUGAACCUGGAUAAUCGUAUCACCGCUUUCACGGGAAUGAUGGUCGACAACUUACACAACGUUGAAGGCGAUGGGGAGGUGAAUUGCGUCCCUUUGAGCAAUGAAGAUCAAGUUCUGAACAAGUAUAAACAGAAGUCCACGAAAAAGUUCAUCGUCUACUUUUUGGAUGUUCUGUACGAUCUCAUCAGAAACUUCCCACCUCGUUUGUGGGAAUAAUCCAUUGCUCCAAGUUCACACACACCUUGCUAACUUUGCUAACUCUUGUGUUUCAAACAUAUUUUUCAAAUCUCUUUAGUUGACAUUAUCUCUUCUCUCUGCACGAGUUACAAUUGUGUCCUGCCAACAUAUAGAUUAUUAAAAAAAUUCCUGUAACCCAAGCAGGGGUAUUGGAUAAAUAAGACGCCCAAUGCAAAGUAAAUUUGGUGGCCCCAAAUUAGACAAAAACAUAUAUAGAAACAGGGAAAAAAUAAAAUUGCGCAAUUAUCUAAAUCAACAAAUACCUGAAAUGGAUAAAUCACAAUUUCUGAAGUAAAUUUGAGAUAGGUCAUAGAGACAGGGUGAGUCUAGUAACCACAGAGUUAUAGCACUCUACUAUGUUUGAGGUCUGAUCCAAGUUUCAAUAUUUUUUCUCUCAAAUUAUUUUUUAGUUAUAUUUUUUGAGUAUGGUAAUAUAAGUACUAAAUAAGUAGGUGAGUAAUAUGGGCAUCUGGGAUUGUGAUAGCUUAUAGGACGGUAAUUGACGGUAUUAUUCGUCGAGGUGGAAACGAAGCAUAUAAAUAAUAUAUAUAUUGUUACGUAUUUCUGAUCUUCUGGCUAAAUGUACUAGGCACACAAAUAAAAGAAACACUGCAAAGAACUUGACGACUCAACUUUCAGCUUUAUAUAACUUUAUUGAAUUCUAACUAUAACAAUUCGUCACUGUAACAUGUAGCGUAUACGUCUUACAUCGACUGUAUCGACUGUAACGGCUCAAGUCCACUCUCUUAUACUGUUUCGCACAGUAGACAACAGUAUCGACGACUGUACUCUUUUUACAUGAACUCUCUGGUUUAUAUAGAGUCCCUAAUCGUUUGUCCAAUAUUGCAAAAACACUUCUAGUAUCCUCUGGAAUAACACGGGAGGAAACAUUACAUCCUGUCGUUGUUUAUACAUGUCGAUUCCAGAGGACACCUGCUGCAGUGUCAUCUCGCCGAGGUCACACGUAGUGACCUCUGUCACUGUUCAUUUGUCACACUGCCCCCCUUCGUAAAUCUGUUCGUCCUCUGGAACAACACGUGAGGGCACGUCACAUCCUGUCUUUGUUUACACGCAUAGAUUUCAGAGAACACUCGGUGCUGUGUCAUCUCGCCGGGGUCACACAUAGUGACCUCUACCUGUCACUGUUCAUUCGUAACAAUAUAUAUAUAAUAAUAAUAAUAAGGCUUGUCUUUUUUUUUUUUUCGAGUCCGAAGAUUAGGCCUAAUGAGGAAUGCAAUAUUUCCCGUGGCUACGAAGUGCGGCUAAUUCGUGUAUUCUACUUUGACCUGCCACAUUUCGGAUAAUAAAAACUAGGAGAAUAACGAAAGAAACAAAUGAAAUCAAAUUUUGCUCAGAAAAAAAAACUUUUAUCAUUUUUUUCUUUUUUUUUACUUAUUUAGUUAACAACAGACGUAUAUAAUUUUGUUUUAUUAUUAAUCUUAGCAAACCACUGCUGCCACAAUAACGGGAAAAGCUUGCCAGCCAAGAAAGCCGACUCAAAACUAUAUCAGGAGAACUUCACUCUCAGAUAACGAUGUCGCCACCGGACUUGAACUUUGCUUGGGAUUUCAUGACCAAAUUUCUAAGUCUCUAAGAAACUCCAUGAAUGCUCUAUCCGGUGAAGCAGCCAACAAAACUAGGAAGGUGAAGGCCUUUGGUAAAACGAAUCACGCUAAAAACGAGACGUCACGCGCUACUCUCGUGCAAUACUUAAACGCCAACCAAGGAAAGAGGUCAAUCUGCAUAGGUCCGGAGCUGAACUUUGCUGACGGGAAAAUGUAUGAGCUGGUCAAGUCGGUAAAAUCUGUAUCAUCUCUAUAUCUCAUAACUGGAAAAAACGAUCGCUUAGACAGAGUCACCACAGAAAAGCUUAUUUUACAUUCAUCUUCAGGAGAAAAGGUGACAGUUGUUUUGGGCACCUCCAAAAUGUGGAGAGUUUACGGACAGGGCCAAUUCAAUUUUCGUGUAAUAGACAGCAGGCAGAUGAGACUAACUUCAGGGUUCCUGGACAUGACAUUGACAAGACAAGUCACCAAAUGGGACGUUACUUAUGUCUUGGAUUUAGCAUUGGAUAGCAAAGUCCGCUACGGUGGGCUUUUAGGUGAUGCAGUUUGGUCAAAUGGAGAUGUUAAUUUUUUGGAAAGCGAGCCCUUAGACAAUCUAAGUGACCAAGUGUGUUACUCAAUGUCCGAUGAUCAAAAGCGUGUAGGAAAAUAUGUCAGUUCACCCCAACAGUUUUCUCCAGACCUCCUGGAACUUAUUGAUGACAUCGCAGAAAAUUUGCCACCAGAAGUUUUUGGAAAUGCGAAGAAACCUUAAGAUACUCAACUAUUUACACAUACACACACACAAAUGUUUUUAGAUGGGGAAGGGAAAGAAUAUUAUAUAAUUGGCCUAUUAUUUUUUUUUUUUUGUAUAGGGGCAUAAGUUAAUAAAAAAAAUGUUAAUGCAUAUUGUAGGAAUAGCCUACUGCUGAAAAAACCUAAUAUAUAAAGAAAAUUAUUACGUCUAUGUCUAGUAGGCCUAUAUAUAAUAUUUAACACUAUUUGACCUCUCUUAUUGAAACUUGGCAUGAAUAGGAUCGUUGCGUAGGUUGUAGAAUAUCCAAAUAGCUACUGAGGCGAAGAUCUAAAUUUGUACACGUUUGUACUUCAUUUGUAUUGGCUUUAACAUUUUUUUAACUUGGGCAACGCUGGGUAUUUUUGAAAUAGCUCGCGACUGCAGCAUAAAUGGACAACUGUUUUUAAGUAUGGAUGAAGAAGCUUGAAAGGAAAGUGAAGAGGUCAUUCAAUAAAUCAUUUGCAAGGUUACUAGGAGGGGUGGGGGGCUUUUGUUUAUUUGCCAAGAACUUUUCAAAACGUUUUUACUUUUGAUGAUUUUAGGAAUAACAAUGAUUUUCGGAGUUGUUUUUUUUCUACUUCUUACUAUUAGCUUGCACCUUUUUCAUGGGUUGAAUGGAGAACUUGGGAAAAGAUGGUUGGAAACUGGAUGAGUAUCUAGAAUAUCUAGACAUCACUUUAAAAAAAAGAUGAUUACGCCAUACGCAAGUCCCUAUGUCAAUCUAGUUGUGCAAGUAACAAUGACUUAAAACUCUGCUAAGUCGUUGGUUUCCUGGCUGAUUCAUGCAGCCCAUCCCAUGCUCUAAUAGCACUAGGGAAGAAUUAUUAUUUGUACAAAUUUGUCCUAGCGUAUGUAACAAGAAAGGAGUUGAAUAAAUAUAGAUGUACAGUCUCCAAUUAUGAAGAUGAGUGUCAGCAUCUGUUCUGUCUUCAAAGGCACAUCAAUUAUCUACAUGCUUUUGUCACUUUUUUAAAGAUUAUUUCUAAUGCAAUGUUCUGAAAGAGACAUUUAAACUAAUGAUUUAAAACAAACUUCCAAAAAAAAAACAAUAACGGAUGCCUUGUAAAUAGUCUUAAUUUCAUUUGUAUCAUUAAUUUAUUUUUUUUCUUAUCUGCCCUGUAAAAACAUAAUUGAUUCUUAACUACUUUGUACAAUAAAAUCUUUUUUUCGGUCUGCUCUGUAAGUAUGCAUUUAAUAAACAGUUGAAAUAAUUUUUCAGAA